UGUUAGACUUAUCUCAAAAGUCGCGAAAAAGAAAAAAAUUAACUUUUCUCGUUAGUUUGUGGGUGUUUUUCUUUGAUUUCAUGAUAAAUAUUUAUUUACCGUACUUGGAUUUUCGCAGUUUUUCAACGAGUAAUUAGUAAAACUAUGGAACCCGGGCUAGCAUAGGAGAACUUGGCAGUUUGAUUCGUAUCAUCAGAGGUUUUUCAAACUUGUCUUCAAAAUCGUCGUCAUUGACGGCGAGUCGUUGUUGGUAUAAGAACAAUCGGCAUUCGAAAUGACAUUUUUUGGACUUGGUCAAACAGCCGAAGUAGAAAUAAUACUAGAUCGGCCCGAUGGAAAGAAGAAACUUGACGAGAAUAGUAAAAAGGAUCAGAGCUUAAUUUACUAUGAUGGAGAAACAGUGUCCGGAAAAGUAAAUGUUGUAUUAAAAAAGUCGAGUAGUCGUCUGGAGCAUCAGGGUAUCAAGGUUGAAUUUAUAGGUCAAAUAGAAAUGUAUUAUGAUCGAGGAAAUCAUCAUGAGUUCACGUCACUAGUCAAAGAGUUAGCCAGACCUGGUGAAAUGUUACAGAAUACUUCGUAUAAUUUUGAAUUCUUAAAUGUAGAGAAGCCAUACGAGACUUAUACUGGUUCUAAUGUUAGAUUAAGAUACUUUUUAAGAGUUACCAUUAUACGAAGGAUUUAUGAUAUUGUUAAGGAAAUGGACAUAGUUGUUCAUACCUUAUCCUCUUAUCCAGAUAUGAACAAUAGUAUAAAAAUGGAGGUUGGAAUUGAAGAUUGUUUGCAUAUUGAGUUUGAAUACAACAAGUGCAAAUACCAUUUAAAAGACGUGAUUGUCGGUAAAAUUUAUUUUUUACUGGUACGGAUAAAAAUUAAACAUAUGGAAAUAGCCAUAAUUAAACGGGAGACUACCGGAUCUGGUCCCAACACAUUUAAUGAAAAUGAAACUAUUGCAAAGUAUGAAAUAAUGGAUGGUGCGCCAGUACGUGGAGAGAGUAUUCCUAUUCGGGUAUUUCUUGCUGGUUACGAUUUGACACCUACAAUGAGAGAUGUCAACAAGAGGUUUUCUGUGAGAUAUUUUUUGAAUCUAGUUCUAAUGGAUGAAGAAGAUAGGCGCUAUUUUAAACAGCAAGAAAUAACACUAUGGCGAAAAGGGGAAAAAAAUAUUAAAGGAAUGCAAAAUCGUAAUGAACCUUCUCAUUUGGUAUCGGGCAAAGAUGGUCCUAAGGGCAGUGAAACUCCUCGAACAACAACUCAGGCAGUCCAACCAUCUGGUUCAUUCGACAACACAGAUUCUGAAAAUGAUCAUAAUCAUUCCUCUCCCCCCACAGUUGAAGAAGAAGGUGGCGGUGACCAGCAAAAUCAGUCUUCUAUUGAAGAUUGUACAAGCGAUUAAUACAUAUUUUGUUAACAUUUAUUUAGAAAUUUUAACGAAAUGCCAUUUAUAUAGAUUCCGAAUUUUUUUUAGCAAAUAAAAUGUUUUGAUACCAUGGAAAAUAUUAGUAUAUUAUGCCUAUUCCUAUUAACUGGAAAACGAUAUGUACAUGUUAACUGUUUAACCAUCAAUUAUUUAUAUUAAUAAUUUUACCAUAUAAUAAAUUCUAGGAUAAUAUAAUAUAAUAUUUAAACAAUUUAUCAGUUGUAUAAUUUAUAUUAACAAAAAAUGGUGAAUUU